UUGUGGAGUGAGCUGAAGACGGGAUGUUGUUACAUUUCUGUGAAAUUGUGUGAAACCCGUCGACACUUUUCUUGAGUUUUUAAGGAUCGUUUGACAUUCUGUUGCAGGAACAGAGGAACGGUAAGAAAUCAAAAUGCUGGAGUGUGGCAUGCUGGAGCAGGACAGACGGGCUCUUCGGAGACGCUCUGCAAUUCUCUGCAAAGAGCUGGUGGUGGAUGCGCUGCUCAUUCAGUCGUUACAGGCAGACGACAUCCUAACGGAGAGCAUGGCAGAGAGCAUCAUGGCUGAACAAACAUCUCAGAAACGAAGCUGGCGCUUACUACUACUCUUACCAAAGCGUGGGCCCAGAGCAUUCAGCAGCUUCUGCUCAGCUCUGCGAGAAACUGAGCAGCAACACCUGUGUGACCUGCUCACACAGUCACCAGAAAAAGAUGGGAAAGUGACUCCUAAACAGAGUAUUCAGCCCGAGGAAGAGCCAGAGGGAAUUACAGGGCAACUAGUCUUGCAGGCGACUGAAAAGAAGAGAGAGUUUAAUUGUCCUCUGCAGACAGUAGACAGAGAAGAAGAGGGUGAGGUGAGCAGCACCUCAUCAAGUCCAGUGCGAGCCUCAGAUAGUUGCCUCCACUCAAAGUCACCAUCCACUGUCAGGGAGGAAGACCGGAGGGUGAAGAAAAGAGGAAGAGAUAAGCAGACAGAUAGGUUUGUGGACUCUCCUCUUCCACUUCCCACCCAAGAGGGAAUUGCUGCUAAGAGAGCGAGGACACAUGCAGAGUCCAUGGAGUUCAGUCUGGAUGCAGACAGUCCCAUCAACACUCCUGUGCUCCCGUGCACUCCUGACUUUUACCUCUCUCACUGCCAGCAGUCUUACAGAAUGAAUUCAUCCCCUCGUGGUUUUGCUUUGGUGAUCAGUAACGUGACCUUUGAUCCUUGUGCUGCGCCUGACCUUGACCCAAGGAAAGGAGGGGAGGUGGAUGACGAGGUCCUCAGGAAGGUCUUCACAGAGCUGGACUACUUGGUGACAGUCCACAGAGACCUCACUGCUCAGGGCAUGAGGACGUGCAUUGAGAACUUUUGUCGCCGGCCAGACCACCGGACAGUGGACAGCUGUGUGGUGUGUCUGCUCUCCCACGGAGUGGAAGGAGCUAUAUAUGGUACUGACGGACAGCUCCUGCAGCUGGACUGGGUGUUUGAGUCCUUUGACAAUGCGCACUGUCCCCUGCUACAGAACAAGCCAAAGAUGUUUUUCAUCCAGGCCUGCAGAGGAGAGGAGAUGGACUGUGGAGUGGAGCAGAUAGAUGGGCCAGCGAGGACCUGCUCACCAAGCUGUGAACAGCGGGAUGCUGGGAGGGAAGGACAGGGGGAUGCCAACUCCAGACAGAGAGGGGACAUGGGGAGGCCCAGGAUCAAACUGCCCCAGCGGUCUGACAUGAUCUGUGGCUUUGCAUCUCUCAAAGGUCAGAGAAUUUGCACAGCAGCCAUGCGAAACACCAAGAGAGGAUCCUGGUUCAUCCAGGAACUUAACACAUCACUGCGCCUCCACGCCAGAGACACACACCUCGCAGACAUCAUGGUGCAGGUCAACGGGCGUAUUAAAGAGCGGGAGGGUUACGCUCCUGGCACCGCUCACCAUCGCUGCAAAGAGAUGUCGGAGUUCACCAGCUCGUUGUGCAAAGACCUCUACCUUUUCCCCAAGUACCAGCCCCAGUAUUGACAUACAAAAAUGCACAUAGACAGAUCAACACACACACACACACACACACACACACACACACACACACACACAC